ACCACUCACUCUGUGUCGAGCGGUUUCAAUGACCAGUUUGUGGUAACAGAAGAGGGACUGUUUUUCUUGUUUUUUCGGUAGAAAAAAUUCUGCAUCCCCGUAGGCGGAUGCAGGAUGAAAAAUUGAUUCCCUUUAUCAAAUGUUCGCAGUUUAGUGAGUUUUGGUAAAUACUGUUUUGAAGGUUAAACUAAAGGAUUCAACAAGGAUGAAAAUCAGUGGAAAAUCCCACCAGUGAAGUAGGAGAAGAUUUCAAUUGAAGAAACUUCCAGCUCGCAGCAGGAAGAAAGUUAUCGAUUUAGUGAACCAGUGUGCUGUUGUGUGCACGGAAAGGAAGCUCCGGCAGUUCCAUUUGUGAUUUAGACCGUGUUUUGCCAGCUGGAAUAUCCGUAGGAAGAAAAAGUGUGUCGUCGCCUGAAGGAGAGUUCGUGCAGCGAAGGUUUGCAAGAUGGGCGACCACGGCCCGGAUAUGAACAUACUGGAAACUGAUUACGUCGUUUUGAUUUCAGUGGUGCCGGCAGUGCUUGGACUCACAGCAGCGGCCAUCCUUGCGGUCACAGCCUGUUUCUGUGCCCGCCGCAUUCGCCGACAGAAGAAGAAGGCCGGUCAUGAGGUAUCGUCGCUUCCGUUUCAACCGCCCAGGCCGCCACGUGCCGUUCGGUCUCCCAGCGGUCAACCACCGCAAUAUCUGAAGAAGUCCCCGUCUCCGACGGGAAUUAAACCUCCACCAGGGGGUCACCUUCCCGCACAAUCCCCUACGGAGCAAAGUUGCAUUCCAACCAAUCCGACCACGACCAUAACAACGACCACCACCAAAUACAGCGAGGAGAAUGAACUGACGCCGAAAAAGCUUCACCUGGAACCGAAUUCCCCGGAUGUGGAUACCCUGGAUGGCAACGAUAACGAAACAGAACCCGGAAAGUUGGGUACGAUUGUGUUCAAGUUGCGUUAUCUAGCUGAUCGGAGUGCUCUGGUCGUUUCGGUGGUCCGCUGCCGGGGAUUACCAGGGAAAAACCAUAAUUCAACCACCACUGAUUUGACGGCUCUUUCCGCGGGACCCAUGUGCAACGGAAACGGAAAUGUGAAACAGAAUGCAACCGAUCCGUACGUCAAACUGCAGCUACUUCCAGACAAACAGCAUAAAGUUAAGACCAGAGUGGUUCGCAAUACACGUAAUCCGGUUUAUGACGAAGACUUUACAUUCUACGGUUUAACUCUGAACGAACUAACUGGUAUGUCGUUGCACUUUGUCGUGCUCAGCUUCGAUCGCUACAGCCGAGAUGACGUGAUUGGCGAAGUAGUAUGUCCUCUGAGUGGAAUCGAUCUGCAGCAGAUUGAAAAUCAGCAGGUUGCCCUCAGUCGGGAGAUUCAACCGCGAAGCUUGAAAAUCCGUGCCCAAGGACGUGGCGAAUUGUUGAUAUCACUCUGCUGGCAACCGGCUGCCGCGAGGCUAACCGUGGUCUUGCUGAAGGCUCGCAACUUACCGCGAAUGGAUGUAACGGGACUGGCCGACCCGUACGUCAAGAUCUAUCUCCUGUACAAUGGACAGCGAAUCGCGAAGAAGAAAACACACGUCAAGAAGAGGACUCUCAGUCCGGUAUUUAACGAAAGCUUCGCGUUCGAUAUUCCAUCCACGGAGGGAACCGGAGCCAGUCUGGAGGGCGUUUCGCUCGAACUGAUGCUGCUCGAUUGGGACCGGGUAACGAAAAACGAAGUCAUUGGUAGGCUGGAACUUGGAGGACCGCGAAGUACCGGCUCGGCACUGAAUCACUGGAAAGAGGUGUGCAACUCGCCCCGUCGACAGAUUGCCGAUUGGCACAAACUGCGAGAGUGAGGCGAGGGUUCUGGAAGAUUUCGAUAAGUUCGUGGGUUAUCUUUUGUAACGUGAUCAGUUGGACAUUUUACGAAAUUAAACAUGUUUGGUUACUCGUGCUCACCUUUUGUGACCUGAUUCCUUAGUAGUAGUAUUCAGUUUAAUUAUUUCAUACAGGAUAAGACAGACUUUCGAUUUGGUCCAAUAAUUUGGGAGUAUUCGUGUGAAAUUUAUUCGAUUAAAUACUAAUAGCCAACAGUAUUCUGAUUUCCGUAGUUAAUCAGUUCAAAACAUUCGUACAAUGACAGUUAUUUUACGAAACCAAAUGCAAAUUGAUAAAAUUUAUAAAUAAAUGACUGGUAUCAAGUAACGAAUAAAGCUACAGCAGGUUCAAAAUAUAGAAGUAAAGGAUUUAAAAUGUACACCUAUAUCAAGCAAACAGGUAUAGAACAUUUAUCAUCUAAUAACUAAUCUGCAAUCAAACCCCUCUUUGACUAUUGUUCUGAAACAACUACAGUAGAAUUAUGGAAAAUCAGAAAGCACACUCAACAUAUAUUAAAUAUAAAAAAACAAAAGGUAUGCACAUAAAUCAAUAUUAAUCAGGGAUGUGCAAGUCUAUAAACGGAAAACUUCAACCAUUUCAGGAAAAUGAAAGGUUACCUACUUAUACUCAAUGAAGAGUGAAUAGAAACACACAAAUGUGUUGACCGAUCGUAUUAUUUUUUGUAAUAUUUCAGUCUACCGCAUUUCAUGUCAAAUUGCUAGUGACGCAGAAGUGUAGCCUGUCGUGAAUGAAAGAUGGCAGAUAUUUUCUGAAAAUGGUGAUAAAUGUGAUAAGAGGAUCAGUGUUCCAAGAGAAUGGUUCACCUAUCGUGAAAAAUUUUUUGAAACACUGAAUGCACUAACCACUCGGAAGGAUAAAUUACAGUUUUCGAUAUUUGAUUCACGCUUAUGCAUUAGUAAGCGCUAAAUAUCAAUAGUGACAACGCAUCUCCGGAUGUAUACAAACUACUAGUUGCAAAUGAUAAAAUUACUUAGACUUUCAUACACCAACACGCCCACAGAAUUUGUAACGCUUGAAUGAGUGUAGAUGUUGUAAGAUAUGUAGAAAAAAAAAAUACAGUGGGCUUCAAAAUGUAUUACAACAAAAUGAAAAGUUGCUGAUACUCAUGUAGAAACUAGUAAUAGAAGUGCUGUCUAUUGAACUUCAUAGUUGAAAGGUUGCUAAAAACAUACCAAUAAGCUUAUCAAUAAGAAUAGAUAUAGAAGAGAAAUAAUCUUUACUAAUGAGAUCUAUUUGUCAUUACAUUCAAAACCAAUAUUGGAGUCCAUUCAAUACAAACGUUAAACGGUUUAUAUAUAGGCUGACUGUAUGACAGGGACGAUUAUUCGUUUUACGCUUAAGUAAAGAAUUCAAAGAAAAUAUUUUUUCCAAAAUAUCCAGCUUAUGUUGCAAAACUAUUUACAAAACCAGAUACGGAAUAUCAUCGCUGAUUGUUAUCACCACGUGGACAUCACCGCUAAGCAAUGUCAAAGUGACAGCUGAUUUGACAAGCGGCCGUUAAAAAAAUAUAGCCAUGACAUUAUCCACUGACCAGAUAACUUUAAUUGUGUGGGUCGCAAAUCAUGCAACAAGACAUUCGGAGAAUCAUCAGUAUUGUCGAAACAUGGCUUAAAAAGCCUAAUAGAAAACUCAACCUGAUAUCAAGGAAAUAGAAUUUCCGAGGCUCGUCGUUGAUACCAUUAAGAAUAAACGCAUCAUCUAUUUACAUUCGAACAAAUUUUGUUUUGGUUUCCCCGUAAAAUGGAAUCCGUUAGCGUUGUUCAUCCCUCUAGAUGAACUGUAAUAAAAUUACGUAAGUUGCCUGACUGACGCAAUCACAAGUUUCGUGCAGUUGUUCUACGCACAGAAUUUCAAUUGAAAGAAUAACAAUUGAAACAGAAAAAGGAUUCUGCCAUUAUUAUCUUGCAGGAUAAUUACUGAGAUAAAUGUGCUAGACGAAAUUAUUAGUCGGGAAUAGCAGGUUGUUUGCGAAGAAAUCUGAUUAUUCCUCAUAAGCGAGGUCUGGUGGUUGCCAUUUUAAGUUUCCAUUUCGGAAUUAAUUCUGAAUCAGUUCUAACGGGCGAAAAAAUUUCAUUCUACCGAUUUAUGCGAAAAACUGUCGGAAUUGAGUAAGUAAAAUUAAUUACUGAGUUAUCAAUUCGAUGUAUUGUUUUCUUUUGGAAGGAAAUUGAAUGUAAUAUAAUGGCUGUGUUAGUGUAAAAGUCACCUGACUUUUACACUAACACUGCCAUAAUAAGAGCGAAAAUGCUAUAUGGAUCGACUAGGUCUGUGCCAAAAGGAAGAAAAGAAAAAAAAGAGCGAAAAUUCAAUGAAAUUUUGUAUUGCUACUGUCAAGAAUUCUAUAGCCUCACGAUAAAGGGACCUAGCUGCAAAUGAGAGCCUCUCUUUGUUUACUUUCUCUUUUGAUUAUUACGGUGCUAUUGCCGAAAUUUAUGGAAAGUUUCCAACAUAAAUCGAAAGCUUGUUGUUUAACUUGAACGUUAUGCGAAGAGUAGGAUAUCAAAUCUCAAAGUGACAGUUUCUCUUUAAUCACUCUCUCUUUCGAUUAUUGUGAUGUGAUUAAAAAGAUUUUCUUUGAUAUCACUAUUCUGUUUGAAUGUCGAAAGUGUCGGGUAUCAUUUCAUGCAAAAAGUUGAGAGAUAAACGUGGAAACCGCUUGGUAAUCAAUAGAAGAGAAAGUAAACAAAGAGAAACUGUCACUUGCUUAUACGCCCUUUUGAAAAAUCAACCGAGAAAUAUGAAAUCAAUCCUGUUAAUCGAGGAAGAAAAUGUAAACAAAGAGAAACAGGCCCUUUUGAAAUGGGACUAUGAAAUUCAUUACUCAGUUUGUCUGAUAAAUAAUCGGUAGCAUUGACAGAAAGCCCUGUCAAAUUUUGAACUAUCUGCAGUACGGCUUUAAAAAAUCUGCACACGUGAAAUUCACUGGAGUAAAUGUAAUUUAUUCUGUAUUUUUAACGAACAAAAAAUUUGAAAAGGUAGUUUGAGAAGCCUGUAAAUUUUGACUAGUAUCUGCGAACACUUCGGAAACUUGAAAAUGAAUCGGUCAGAAUGAAUAAUCGUAACAACAUAAUAAAAGUAAAGUAAAGUAAUUAAUCGAGACAUUGGAAUUUUAUUUCGAUUUUUAGGAUUUUGUGCUCUAAACAUGUUGGUACAUAAUGGAUAAAAUAUACCGAAUAAAAAACCAAGAAACACUAAAUGAAACACGAGUUAUCUGGGAGCUAGAGGAAUGGACGGCACUAACUAAUGCCCACAUUAUCGAAAUGACGGAAUGAGCAAUAAAUUUUGAAUCUAUUCCUCGAUCAACCCGAUUGACAGUGAUAUUAUAAAUGUCAUUGAAUUUCCGCUCAUUUUAUGAAUGUAUUAGGUAGUGUAAAAGUUGAGCGACUUACGCCAUUUCACUACACUCCAGCUAGAGGAAUGAAUGAUGCUGACUGAGAUAGGCCCUUUUUGUUAAUUCCCAGUGAAUUUCAACUGUUUAUGUUGCAAUUCUAACAAGAAAUGGUUAUUUACUAGUUCUGUAUAUUCGAGAAACUUGAAGAUUUAAAUUUAUAUUUUCAGUUAUACAUUUUUUUUAUUUUUAAAUAAACUGAAAAUCAGCACAAAAACCGUGCAAAAUCGGUUAAGAAUAAGAAGAAAACUAAUUGACAAUUCAGUCCAUAUCUUCUCACUCAAUUCCGAUAUAAUUCCAAACCAACCGGUUUCAGAUUUUACUUUCCUACAUUAUCAGAAUGAAUUCCAAAUAAAUUCCGAAUGGGCGAGAAAUUUUCAAUCGAAAUUCCAUGUGGAAAUCAUAUUGAAUUCCGACUCUAGUGCAACAACCGAUUCCGAAUAAAUUUCGUCUACAAUCGAUUGAUUCGGAAAUCUGUCGGAAUUGAGUGAAAAGAUGCUGGCUGAAUUGUCAAUUCGUUUUCUUUUUAUUCCUUCUCGAUUUUGUUUUAGUUUAUUUUUAAUUAAAAACAUUAUAUAACUGCAUAUAUAAACUUUAAAUCUUCAAGUUUUUCGGAUAUACAGAACUAGUGAAUAACCAGUUUUUCUUAGAAUUCCAGCAUUAACUAUUGAAAUUCUACCUUAGUCAGCAUUAUCCAUUCCUCUAGCUGGAGUGUAGUUAAAUGGCGUAAGUCGCCUACUUUUUACACUACCACAUUCAUAAAAUGAGCGAUUGUUCAAUGACAUUUAUAGUGUCACUGUCAAUCGGGUCGAUCGAGCACCCAACUCAGGCGAAAAUUCUAGCACUGAACCGAUCGAGUACUGAAAAAUCAUGCAGUCGAGUAAGAAUUCAUUGCUCAUUCCCUCAUCUCGAAAAUGGUGGUCUAUUCGGAAUCGGUUGUUGCACUGGAGUUGGAAUUUAUUCGGAAUUUAUUAUGAUUUCCACAUUUAAAAAAAAAAUGAAUUUUGCAGGUGACUUAAUCCCUCAUACGAUGUAAUUCAUAAAGAUCUAGUUUGUCAAAUGACUGAAGAUUUUAUUUGUAAUGACUUGUUGUUAGAUGAGCUUGAAUUUUACUGGUUUCGACUGUAACUUGCGUUUUGCUAGCAGGUGCGACUGUAUAAAUUUAAAUGCACCUUUUACCAGCCAAGCAGAUGCAUGCUCCUGUGGCUCAGUCGAUAAACAAACGUACCUGCAAUGCAAUGAUUCUCGGUUCAAAUCGCAGCGGUUGCUACCAGUAUUCUUUUUUUUUAUUUCAAUGAAUUUCAUGUCAUGGAGUCUUAGACACAAUAUUAAAUGUUCUUCGACGUAAAUUUGAGUGAACUGCGACGCUCCAUUUAUGUGCAUCUAAUAAGAUGUAAAAUCACAGGGUUUUUUUAAGUGUGCGAUUAAAGUAAAUAAUUUUAUCACUUUAAAUUCACAAACAUACAUUUUUGUUCGUUUUUAAGAAUAAACAAGCAUAUUUUGCCAUUGUAUUCUAACGAACAGUAGAAAUAUUGAUUGCUGACUCAUUUUUUUUCAAUCUUUGUUUGAAACUUCCGGUCAAGUAACGGACAUGACUUUUACGUUUUGGCUAUAGGAAUAUUUCUUUUUUACUGUAAUUUAUUUUAUCCCGGUUUUAACCUUGAAGUUGUUCACCGUGGAGUUAGUUAUAUAAUGUUUCUAUUAUAUUGUUCUUCUUGUAUAUCUGUCUCUUAUUAUUAUCCUUUUUAGAAGGAGAAGAGUGACCUUGGUUCACUGGUCGCACCUUUGUCGUUUCCGUUGCUUUAGCUUUCGCUAGGGGACGUUUUUGUUUCAAUUACGUAUUUAUUAUUUAUUAUUAGAUUUUUAUGAGAACUUGGUUUUCUGACCGAAGGUCACAUAAGAGAGAAUUGAUUUCAUCAAGUCAAUGCGGAUCUCACCAACGCUGUUCAGGGUGAAGUCUUUUUCGAUGGAAAUCUCUGUACACUGCGACAUGUCUGUUCGAACAUAAUCGACAGAUGGAAGAUCACGCACACGCAUGACAUGAUCCUACACAUUCAACAUUGUUCUUGAAGUUGUUGUCAGCUACGAAUUCAACUGGAUCGCUCUCAGAAAAUAACUGAAUGUAAAUUGUACUAUUACUACUGUUUGAAUAAAUCUCACUCACCGUCUUCAGGUUACAAGCAAAAUUUCUUGCAUCUUGGGUCGAUUUUUACACCGUUCGUAGUUCGAAGCAGUAACGGGUUUGGUGCGCUUUUGUUUUGUUAGGUUCGCCCAUACGGAAUGGUCUUAUUAUUCACUUGUUCCGGCCGUAAGCAGUAAAAAUUGAGUCGACUAUUCCAGAUGAGUUAAAAAAGCAAACCGAUGUUCUCUUUUUUUAGUUUUACGGUGAACUAUCAAUCUGAUAUGAUAUUUCCGUUACUUGUGUAAAAUUUCUUUAUAGUUUUUUGUUUCGCAUUCAAUCUAAAAUACAAUGUUUUUCGAUUAAACAUUAACAUUCAAUAUAAGUUCUGUUAUAUUUUUCUUUUGUCAAUUGUCGAAAACUUUUUCUAUGCUACGAAUCGAAAACAGAAAAUGAAGAAAAAAAUGGUACUUAGUACUUAUAACUAAACAAGAGAGCAAAAGCUCUACAAACGAAUCAAAUUGGAUAUAAAGAUAUAAGCAAAUCUCAUAUUUAAAUAAAAGUACACAACAACAAGUUUAUGCAACUAUACAGGGUCCGGCACUCGAAGUGUAACCAAUUAAAAAGGCCAUAAAUUCAGUUUGGAAAAUCACUUUUACUUAAUUCAAAGUACAAAAUGUGUAAAAAUAAUACAAAAUUCAGAAUCAAUUCACUUUUGCUCGAUAUGACCACCUUUUGCCUUGACUUGAUGACUUGAGAGAGCGAAGGAGUUGCUUCGUUUUGCCGAAUGUGACUUGCAGGUAUUUUGGCCCACUCGCGGACAAUAACUUUUUUCAGCGCCUCGAGACUGGUGUAUCUUUUAGUUCGGACUUUGCUCUCCAAAAUGGCCCAAAGAGAAUAAUCCAUUGGAUUCGCAUCUGGUGAAUUCGAGAGCCAUUGUGUGGACGUGAUGAAGUUCGGAACGUUGUUUUUCAGCCAUUCUUGGUUCACUCGAGCUUUGUGAGACGGUGCCGAGUCCUGCUGAAACGUCCAUGGUCUGCCACCGAAAUGUUUGUCUGCCCACGGCUUCAAAGCAACCUCCAGAAUACUUUCCCGAUAAUCACCCCUAUUCUGUUCGUCGAUCGAUUCGAAAUAUUUCGAUCGAAUGUACAAUUUCCAUUCUGCAUUCCGUUCGAGGUUGGUAUGAACUCGAAUAUCAUUCGUUCGAGUUGUUCAAUUUUCGAACAUUACUCGAUCGACUUGCGUACGUAUUACUUCUGUUCGGUUUAGAAUCGUUCUAAUUUGUUUAUACAAGUGUGACAGUUUCGUUUACCAAGAAAUGAAUAAUAUAAAUAAUAUAGAACGUGUAAGUAGUGUUGACAGCUUUGAUGGUUAGUGUUCGAAAUUUUAAGUGUUCCCGAACGAGAGUCGAUCAAAUCAUACAAGUCGAACGGAAUGAAGAAUGCAAAAUUCGAACUCGAACGAAAGUGUAGAUUCGUUCGUAUCACAAAUCCGUCGGAUUGCAGAAUCGGGGUGAAUAUGUCGCAUUUACCUUGACGCCAGGCUCGAUGAAAACGAUUGGAGAGCGCCCAUCUGCGGUUACAGCGCCCCUAACCAUUAUCUGUUGCGGGUGCUGCCUCCUGGUGGCCAAUCGAUGACUCAAAUUCUCGUAUGAACGGUCGGUCAAGUAAACCCUAUCGUUUUGAGAGUUUACGAAUUGCUCAAUUGGAAAAAUUUUCUCGUCAGAAAAUACAAUGUUCGGAAAUUGACCGCUUUCGGCCAAACGAAGCAACUCCUUCGCUCUCUCAAGUCAUCAAGUCAAGGCAAAAGGUGGUCAUAUCGAGCAAAAGUGAAUUGAUUCUGAAUUUUGUAUUAUUUUUACAUAUUUUGUACUUUGAAUUAAGUAAAAGUAAUUUUCCAAACUGAAUUUAUGGCCUUUUUAAUUGGUUACACUUCGAGUGCCGGACCCUGUAUACAUACAAAUAGAUGAGGAACAGGGGCAAGUUCAUGAUGCUUACUCUGCUUGGCAAGCACGUUUGCUGUAGAGAUGAACGAAGCCUACAUUUUUUUCGAAUGUAAAAGUAGAGAAAGUAACUUUUAAGCAUGUACACAUAUAGUAUAAAAUAAGAAGGAAAGUAAUGAACUUACGUAGACUGUAAGCUCAGUUUUGUUACCAACACCCCUGGAUUGGCUUGUAUUUUAUUCUUGUCACAAAUUGUAAUGAAUAACUGCAACAGUUAUGCGCUGGAACUCAUAUGAUCUGAUAGAAAAACAAACACUCGUUGAACAUGUUAUAUAGAAUAUUGUUUUGAUUGAAAAUUACGAUUACAAAAAAAAUAUAAAAA